AUGCCCUGCUUCAAAGGCAUCGCCGUGAGCAUUCACGCGAACGGAGCGCCCCUACCCGAAUAUGGCAUCCAGAAACAGUCCCGCGUCUCGCGGAUCAACACGUACAUCCCCGUACCUCAGCCCCAGAUAAGCCCAGAGUCUGGCAAGCCCGAGGCUGCCAAGUUCGCCAUCUCCAUCACCCUGCUCACCCCUGGUCUGGCGAUACCCUACUCGACACCCAAGGCCACUGAGAACAACCCCUACCGAAGCCCGCCUUUUGCAAACGAGACCAUCGCUGCGUACAUUUACUUUGACGGCAGGGCCAAGGAAGAAGUGGCUACCCUGUUGCGCCCCGGCGAAGAGACGUGGGUCAACAGCAGAUGGGUUCAGGUACCCGAAUCUGAGGGUGGAGGUCUAGCCGAGCGCGAGUUCCUCUUCCGCGAGGUCGGUCUUGAAAGAUGGCUUAACGGUCUAGACCUUCAAGGCCAUGACGCCGCUGAGAAGCUUGAACGUCGCCGGCAAAAGUUUGAGAAGCGCCGUAGGAGGCAAAAAGCCAUAUCCGAGGGCAACGCGGCUUCCGGCCGUCUGCAGGGUACCCUUAGGUAUGGAUCCGAAGACAGGCCGGUCGAGGCCGUGGACGAGGACGCCUCGCUUUCCUCCUCGGAUGACGACGAGCCCCCCGAAGCAACCGGGCAGAUCAAGGUGGCCAUGUUCCGCGUUAUAGCGUCUGGUGAAAUCAAGAAGGGCGAAUACAGUCCGCAGUUCGAUGCCCAUGACGACGAUGACGAGGAAGGCGGCUCCAAGAGCGGCAACAACGGGAUCGAUGCGGAUGUUGAGCACACCACUAGUUUCGCAAAGCCUAAGACGCUCGAUCCUAAGACAAUCAGCACUCAGACCGUGACCGGCAUCGACGGGCCAGAGAAGCCUUAUGCAGUGUUUACCUUCUUUUACCGCGGCGAGCGCCAACUACAGAAAAUGGGCGUCCUUGCCUCCGAGAAGCAGCAAGUUACCAGCCCUACUGCCGCCAAGCGACGAUCCGCUCAGCUCGACUUCUCCAACCUAGGACCUUUGAAGAAGCAAGGUACCGUGGGCUUCUCAACAUUCCGUGAUCGCGACGCACAGCCGAGGCCGAAGAAGUCACGCAAGAACACCAAUGGCAAGGCCGGCGCCAUGGACGAAGACAGUGAUGACGAAGAUGAUGAUGACGAUAUCAGCGACAAGAUGCUUGCUGAUGACGAAGACAAUGUCGAUACUUCCAAGCUGGGUCCGGAUGACGUCAAGUUUACUGGAGAACUGGCGGAUGGAGUAAAUCGCAUCAAGCUCAAGCGUGCUCACGAUGCGGGCCAAAGUAGUACCACGGGCUCGCAAGCAGGAGAUGCCACCCCAGAAAACGGAGGCGCGCCAGGAACGACCACUGGCUUGUCGUCACUAUUUCCCAAGAGUCUUACAGACGAGGCCGCCGCUGUUGGUAGUCCCAUGAAGAAGGCUCGCGCGAGUGUAGACGACGUGGGCAGUGACGUCAAGCCCCUUGGCGGCAGCUCAUUCGUGCCUUCCGUACCGUCAAGUCUUAGUGGGCUACUCGCCCAAGCCGCGGAGACGCCUCUACCACAGACGACGGGCGGCGAGAUGGACGAGGAGGAGCUAUAG